ACAUGCCAUUAUGUAGAUAACGGUAAUCUAGAUUUAGUAAUUUGCAACUCUGGUAUACUCAAUACAUCUGAUCCCAGCUCUCACCUGAUGGCGCACUAAACAAACCUAUUUUUGUUUGACAAUUGGCUGUCAAAGGGAAAUUGUCAUUCAUUAACACAAUUUAAUACUUUUACUUGGCGUUUAAUCGUGUUAGUUGUAGGUUUUCGGAUUAAUCACAGCGAUUAAAAUGGCUGAAAUCGCAGAAAGUUAUAGCAGUAAGGAUGAAGAUGAUGAAAGUAGUAAUGAAGAGUUGUAUCAAGCAGGAGAGCAGCAAUCUACCUCCACAAGUUAUAAAUGCAUUGCUCUGCAACAACAACAGGUUGCCUCACUUUCAGCGGACAGCGAUGAUAGCGACGAUUCGCCGCCGAAAAAAAGGGGCCGUAUUGAAAUUCCAGCCGAGAGCACUGCCAAUGAGGAAAGUGAUGGUUGUCGCGAAGAUGAUACAGUGGAAUCAAUUACUGAUGGUAAUAUGCGUGUUGUUGCCUCACAUUACAAUGAACUAAAGGAAACAGGGCGACAGGAGCGACUCAAGUCACGCAUAGUCUAUAUGCGAAAUUUUAACAACUGGCUGAAAAGUCAACUUAUUGCAGAGUAUCUAGCGCGCAUUAAUGAACAAAAGCGUGUAGGUGACCCAAUGCGUGUUUUGGAUUUGUGCUGUGGAAAAGGUGGCGAUCUGCUCAAAUGGGAAAAAGCAAAUAUUACCCAUCUUAUAUGUACCGAUAUCGCCGAGGUGUCGGUGGAUCAAUGCAAAUCGCGAUAUGAGCAAAUGCAAUCGCGAGCAGACAAAACAAAAUUCGCAAACAAGUUUUCAGCUGAAUUCUUUGCUUGUGAUGCAACAUUGGUGCGUCUGCGCGAGCGUUACAAGGAUAAGUCGUUGAAAUUGAAUUUGGUUUCAUGUCAAUUUGCAUUUCACUACUCUUUUGAGUCACUUACUCAGGCAGAAUGCAUGGUACGCAAUGCAGCCGAAUGUCUGCAGCCAGGUGGUUAUUUUAUAGCGACCAUACCGGAUGCAAAUGAAAUAAUGCGCCGUUUGCGUCAGUCACCAAAUGCUCGCAGUAUCGGCAAUGAGCUUUACAAAAUCGAGUUUACAUGUGACACAGAUCCACCACCACUUUUUGGUGCUAAAUAUCAAUUUCAUUUGGAAGGCGUAGUCGAUUGUCCAGAAUUUUUGGUACACUUCCCAACUUUGGUAAAACUGUGUCGUAAACAUGGCUUAAAACUUGAACGUAAAACGACUUUUGCUGACUACUACAAGGAGUCUUUGGAAAAGGGUCGACAGCUACUACAACGCAUGAAUGGCCUGGAAACUGUGUAUCCAAAUCGCUGUUGGAAAGAUCCCAAGUUUCGGCAUUUAAAAAAUAAAGGCAGUCCAUCAAAGCCCGUGGGAACGCUUUCCAAGUCGGAAUGGGAAGCUACAACACUGUAUCUAGUAUGCGCCUUCCGUAAAUGCAAGAAUACAUGGGACAACGAGGGUAAACCUGUGUUUGAGUUCGACUAGGUUCUCAGUACAAUUAAACAAGGGAAUUCGAUAAAUGUUUUCAUAGGAAUUUUAGUGCAUGCAUUAUAAAUAAACAAAAUAAAGAUAAAACGUAUUUAUUUUACAUGUGUUAAAUUA